AUUUUUCUUUACAGGGGAAAUGCGAGUUGACGUGUGAUUUGUUUUAAAAUCCGUGGCUUAAGUUUUUUUUAAGCUUUUCUCUUUGAUGGAGAGUAAUUCCGUUGACGGGUGUGACGAGGAUAAAGAAGUGGAAGGACUGAAAGAAUUACUCGCGUUUUCCGCGUUGGAGGUUGAAAACGAUGAAAAGGAGUUUUUUGUAUCCUCGAGCUUCGUUCCUCGCGAGAACGUUCGUAGUUGCAGCUGUUCCUCAGUUCCAGGUAUGUCGAAUAAAGAGGGCGCCAUGCCGAAAAUCACGUCGGAGUAUGCAAAGAUGAGGAGCUGGUUAGUUGGAAGCGUUUGUGGUGAAUCAUUGCUGGGACCUGGAGAAUUGGGAAGAUUCUUCCCGGAUCGGAAGCUUACAGUUCACGUGGUGACCUGGAAUAUGAAUGGCCAGGUAGAAGAUGGUCCUCCGCCAAAUUUGGAUGACUCUCUUUUUCCUCCGGAAGCAUCAACCAUGGCAGACUUUUACGUGAUCGGAACUCAAGAGAGUUUUCCAGGAAAGCAAUUGUGGGAGAUACGGCUGCAAGAAACUUUGGGGCCGACGCACGUUCUGUUGCAUAGUGUUGUUCUUGGAACAUUGCACAUAUGCAUGUUUCUGCGACGGGAUUUGAUCUGGUUUUGCUCUGUUCCUGACGACGGGAUUAUCAGUACUCGACCGCCGACAAAUAUCAAAACUAAAGGAGCUGUUUGUAUGGCGAUUCUCUUCUUCGGAACAUCAUUCCUUUUCAUCGAUUCUCAUUUAAGCUCUGAUCAAGAACGGGUACAAGAGCGGAUCCAGGAUUAUCAACGAAUCAUUUCAACGGUUGAAAUACCGUCGAAGUUGCCGAUUCGGCAUCAUGGACCUGGAGACGAUAUUACUGCAAGAUUUGAUGCAGUUUUUUGGAUGGGAGACCUGAAUUUCCGAUUGGAAGCGGAGCGAGAAAGUAUCACGAAUCUCGUGAUGCAAAAUGGGCGACCUAUCUUCAGUCAAGCUGCGUUAAAUUUUGAUCAGUUGAACCUUUUAAUGAAGCAAGGUUCAGUCUUCAAAGGCUUUUCAGAAGGAAAGAUUGCGUUUCCUCCGACGUACAAGUACGAAACUGGGACGAAUUCCUGGGAUUCCUCGAAAGCACGGGUACCGUCAUAUACGGAUCGAAUUUUGUUCAAAUCGAAGGGGAGAACGGAGAUUGCAUGCCUUAGUUACAAUUCCGUUCAGUCGUUCAUGUCAUCCGAUCACAAACCAGUCUGGGGACUAUUCAGCGUUUCCCUGCGUCCAGGAAGAGACAACAUUCCCUUGUCUGCGGGACUUUUCCAACGAGACGUUUAUUUAGAGGCUCUUAGAAGACGCGCUAUGGCGCUGGAAUACAAAAAACGGACGAAAAACGUAGGCUCAGUCGCUUGCUGCGUACAGAUUUUGUACCUUAUUUUUGUUUUUCUGACGACCGACGGUAUGACCCCGAUUUGGUUACUUGUGCUUGUUCCGUGUCUCGGCCUUGUGGAAGUGGAAUCUGUGCUGGUGCCACAAGAUGGUCCUUGUUCUAUUCCUGUGAUCGUGCGGGGAUCAUGGUUUUCGCGUGAAUAUGGUGAAAACGUAGUUACAGACAUCGACGCUGACUCGAUGACGAGAGUGGGACAAUGUGCGUGGAUGCGGAAAUUUCGUGAAGACGACAUCAUGUUCAUUUUUCGCGAAAGAGGUGGUUCGAGAAAAGUCAUUCCCCGUAGGUGUCAUCAUUGUGUCCGUGUUUACGUACGAACCAUCAACGUGCUGGAGAAGCGAGAAACAGGCUGCGUUGACGUUCCACCCGAGGACCUUGCGCGAGCAGGAGGAGACAUAACAAAAACCAUCGAUACGAUUUGUCGGCAGUUCGACAAUGCUCAAGAAAUUUCUACCCUUUUCUCCGAAAAUCCGACACCGAUCAAUUGCCGCUCCAGUUUUGAGGGAGUGUGGCAUUUUACCUACAAGAAUCAAUACCGAUUCACUGGAGAAUGUAACCAUCCUGCUGCGAGGUUGCAGUCUUGCCAAGUUCCUGGCUCCCAAUUCUUGAUCCAGAAUCAGAAGUUCAACAUCACUUAUAGACCGUGUUCUGGGAUGAAAGACUCUUUGGAUGCCGUCGUGGAGUACAGUUGUUUAGGUGAUUGGUUCAUUGGGAAGAACCAUUACAUUGCUGUUGUGAAUACGAAGGAAUCUCGGAAGGAUGAGAAAUACCGAUGCAUGUUGCGGAAUCGCGAUGACGACCUGUUCGUCGGCGCCACGAUUACUGCAGAAUGUAACAUUCUCAAGUCUCCUGAAACGAGCCCUGAAAGGUUGAGACUAACUCCGAUCAAGGCCGAAGCAGAGGUUCCGGGUUGCUCUUUUCCGAAGGAUUUUUCCGGAGAAUGGAUCAACACUGCGAAUUUGGACGCGGAAGUGGUGAUCAACGAUACUCACAUCACGGAAACUUAUUAUCCCGACGAGGGACGGUAUAGGGAAACAAUUUACGUGUGCAAACAGCAAAGAGGAUCGCGGUUUAUGGUGGCCCGCAUGGGAAUUGACGGAUGCCAGAAAGAUUACGUGUGCUUCGAGUUCUUGCAGAAACAUCAGAACGUUAUUCGGUAUCGAAGGGGAACAAACAUGAUCAUCACCGACUUUCACACUGUCUGUUCCUGGGUGCAAUUCCCCGGCAAGGACCACUGGCUGUACAACAUCUGGCUUGCCAAGAAUCCUGUUCCUAUUAAAUGCCCCGUAGCCGGAAAAUUCAAAUUUCAGCAAAUCGGCGAUGUUCCUUUCAGAACUCGAAUCCUGGGUGGUGUGACACAGAGCCCGCGACCGAACAUCUACUGCAAAGAGAACAUUUCAGACUUCUCCGUAUGCGGGGAUCAGAAAGAAAUUUGGAUAGAUGCGGAGUAUUGCUUGUCGGUGGAUUACUUGGGUCGUCCCGUGGAUAUUUACAGUGAUCCUGAUUACAAGCUCAAGUGUAUUGGAUAUUGGAAAGAAAAUCUGCGUUCGUAUCUGAUCACGUACGACGAAUUAGAUGCCUUCUCCAAGUACAGAUGUUGGGUGUACCAGCGAUCGGACAUAAAUCAAGUUCUCAUGUCGGAAGCCUUCGGUUCAUUCUGCGAUGUGAGGCAGAACGUGAGUAGUUACAAUGCCACUGAAGGUGCUUCCGUUGCCCUUUCAAUGGUGGAAUACGAACGAGAAAGAGAUCAGUGUCCCAUGUUUUUCGACGAUGGCGCGAAUCCGUGGGAAGCUACCGAAGGAUUCGUGCGGUUUUUCCCGUUCGGCAACAGUGCUAGCAAUGUGCGAUUUUCGGGUUUAUCUGUGACCUUGUGUGUCGUUUUGUAUAAGGUGAUCAUGUGA